CUCGAGUUCUCGGUGGCGGAAGCGCUCUCAACGCCGGCUUCUAUACACGUGCUGGCACCAAAUACGUCAGGAACAUGGGUUGGGACGGAGCGCUAGCGAACGAGUCGUACCAGUGGGUAGAAGCUAAAGUGGCCUUUCAGCCUCCGAUGGGGCCAUGGCAAACCGCCGUGAGAGACGGCUUAUUGGAGGCUGGGAUUGUCCCUAACAAUGGUUUCACUUAUGAUCACAUCAAUGGCACCAAAUUUGGCGGUACUAUUUUUGACCACAACGGCAAUAGACACACCGCCGCCGAUUUGUUAGAGUACGCCGAUCCCAAGGGUAUUACGGUUCUUUUGCAUGCUACUGUCCACCGGAUCUUGUUUCGAACUCGAGGUACCACCAAGCCUAUAGCUAACGGAGUUGUGUACCGAGACCAGACCGGUCAGGCCCACCGAGCUUACCUAAAAGAAGGCGCAUUGAGUGAGAUUAUCCUCUCGGCGGGAACCCUUGGGAGCCCACAACUUCUGAUGCUAAGCGGCGUUGGUCCAUCAGCUCAAUUACAGGCCCAAAAUAUCACGGUGGUGAUGGACCAGCCUCAAGUGGGCCAAGGCAUGCACGAUAACCCUAUGAACGCCGUGUUCAUCCCUUCUCCGGUCCCGGUCGAGGUCUCACUCAUCGAGGUUGUGGGGAUUACCGGCGAAGGAACAUAUGUUGAAGCCGCUGGUGGUGAGAAUUUUGGCGGAGGUGGCAGUGGAUCAUCUACUAGAGACUACUACGCAAUGUUUUCACCAAGGGCAACACUACUAGAGUCAAAUUCAAUGACCAAAUUGUCACCAGCCCAACCUUUUCAAGGAGGCUUCCUUUUGGAGAAAGUAAUGGGACCACUGUCAACAGGUCACUUAGAGAUCAAGACCCGAAACCCGAAAGAUAACCCGGUUGUAACUUUCAACUAUUUCCAACAUCCGGACGACCUAAAACGUUGUGUUCGAGGGAUCCAAACCAUACAAAGAGUUGUACAAUCUAAGGCGUUUUCGAGGUAUAAAUACGCGGAUAUGCCGUUUGAGUAUUUGCUUAACCUCACGGCGAGUACUCCAGUCAAUCUAAGGCCGCCUCGAAGUGGUCCUGGAGCCUCGUUGCCUCCAUCAGCUGAGGAAUUUUGUCAGCAUACGGUUACAACUAUUUGGCAUUACCAUGGAGGAUGUGUUGUGGGUAAAGUGGUCGAUGGGGAUUAUAAAGUUAUUGGUAUCGACCGACUUAGAGUCAUUGAUAUGUCGACCGUUGGCUAUUGUCCUGGGACAAACCCUCAAGCCACCGUUAUGAUGCUUGGCAGGUAUAUGGGUGUGAAGAUCUUGAAAGAGAGAUUCACCAAAAAGUAGAGUUUUGGAUCGGAUCAGGGUUUGUGGAAACGUUGUAUUAAAAAUUAAAAUGAGAUGCAUUGCAAGAUCUCUUUUUUUUUUUUACAUCAAUAUCAAGAUACUGAUAAUAUAUAUUAUUCUUAGUAAUUUUCUGUUUGGUACUCAUUAUUGGACCAACUUGACGUGCAUACGAAUAUAUUUUCCAGUACC